CAAGAUGUUAACAGACCCCCUACGUCACCGGUGACGACACAGCUGACGGCCAAUCUGAUGACAGGAGCGAAGAUGGCGGCCUCCGACACAAGCGCCAGGAGCUCCCGAGAAUUAUGGACCAUAUUGCUCGGAAGAACAGCUUUGCGAGAGCCGGCUCAGAUUGAAGCAGAACUUGACAAACAUUGGGAUCGACUGCAUCAGGGACUCAGCUAUUACAAACCUUCCAGUUCUGCUUCUGCAGACAAGGUGAAGGCCAACAAAGAUGUUGCACAAUCGUUGAAGGAUUUUGGGCUGAGGAUCAGUAAGCUACUAGGUCUGGAUGAGCAACAAAGCGUGCAACUUUUACAGUUGUAUCUUCAAGAGGACUACAGAGGAACCAGAGAUUCCCUAAAGGUUGUAAUUAAAGAUGAACGACAAAGCCAAGCUCUUCUUUUGAAGAUUGCUGACUAUUACUACGAUGAGCGCAUGUGUCUGCUCAGAUGUGUUCUGCUCCUGCUGACGUACUUUCAAGAUGAGCGGCAUCCCUUCAGGGCGGAAUACGCAAACUGCGUGAAUAAGCUAGAGAAGGAUCUGAUCGGCAACUACCAGUCGCAGUUUGAGAAGCUCUUCAAAGCUGAAGCACCAACAUGGGAAACACACGGCAACCUCAUGACGGAACGACAGGUGUCCCGGUGGUUUCUGCAGUGUCUGCGGGAACAGUCACUGCUGUUGGAGAUCAUCUUCCUCUAUCACGCCUACUUUGAGAUGACUCCCACUGACAUGCUCAACUUCACCAAGAUGUUCAAGGAGCAGGGUUUUGGUUUGCGGCAGACCAACAGGCACCUCGUAGACAAGAGCAUGGAUGCGCUUGUCGAUCGAAUUGGGUACUUAAGUUCUCUCAUCCUGGUUGAAGGAAUGGACAUCGACUUUUUGCAAAAAUGUGCCUUAGAAGACUGUACUGAUCAGCAUCAGUUCUCCAGUGUUCCUGAUAUUGUCAAGGAGAUGGACCAGCUGCUUCUGACUUUUGGGGACAUCCCUCAUCACGGGCCUGUGCUGCUGGCCUGGGUCCUGCUGAGACACACGCUUAGACCAGAUGAGUCAAACCCGGUGGUCAGGAGGAUUGGUAACACCGCCCUGCAGCUGGGGGUUUUUAAAUACCUCUCGGCGAUGUUGAAAGGCCUCAGCGCUUCUGGGAACAACUGCACGCCAAGCACAGCAAAGAUGUGCAUCUAUGGCCUCUUAUCAUUCGUCAUCACCUCUUUUGAGGCAGAAAGCCUUCAGACGGCUGAUGCCAACACGCAGGGUUCCCAUCUGGUGGAUGUAGCCUGUGAGGUUCUCUCUGCUCCAAACUUGGCUGAAGUCUUUUGGGAAAUGAAGCCAAACAUGGGCCUGGGAAUCAUCCUGGACAGUGCUGUCGGCAUGUUCCCUCACAAGAUUGGACCUUUGCUGCAGCUCCUCACGGCCCUUCUGUCCAACAAAUCAACUGUUAAAAAGGUGUAUAACUUUUUGGAUAAGAUGUCGUUCUACACUCAAGCUUACAAGCAGAAGCCCAGUGAUAUUAUAUUCAAGGACGAUGAGACAUUGUGGAAGAGGCAAACGCCUAAACUUCUCUAUCCUUUGGGGUCAGGCCAGACAAACUUGUGGAUGCCCCAAGGUGUUCUGGGUCAGGUGAUGGUUGCAGGUGACCAGGGUUACGUUGUGCGCUGGGACUACUCCUACAGCGCCUGGACUCUCUUUACAUGUGAGGUGGAGAUGCUUCUGCACGUGGUUUCAACUGCAGAUGUUAUCGCCCAGUGUGUGCGUGUAAAGCCCAUCCUGGAUCUGGUGCACAAGAUCAUCAGCACCGACUGGACAGUGUCCGAUUGUUUGUUGCCUCUCACCUCACGCAUCUACAUGUUGCUGCAGAGGUUGACAUCAGUGAUCAACCCUCCUGUGGAUGUGAUCGCCUCCUGCGUCAACUGCCUCUCUGUUUUGGCUGCCAGGAUGCCUGGGAAGGUUUGGUCCAGCCUGCACCACACUGGCUUCCUACCUUUCUCCUCCAACCCUCUCACCAACAUGGCCCAGUGUGUCAGUGCUGAUGGGAUGAAAGCCGGUAACUAUGGCAACCUGCUGGUCCAGAAUGAGCAGCCGAGAGGGGAGUAUAGUGUCACCAUCGCCUUCCUCCGACUCAUCACAACUCUGGUCAAGGGCCAACUGGGCAGCACUCAAAACAAAGGCUUGAUCCCCUGCGUGCUACUGGUGCUGAAGGAGAUGCUUCCCACCUACCACAAGUGGCGUUACAACACCUAUGGAGUCAGAGAGCGAAUAGGCUGUUUAAUACUGGAGCUCAUCCACGCCAUCCUCAAUCUGAGCCCUGAGGGAGAAGAUCAGAGCAGCAGCCCCACCCUGCAGUCCCUGUGCAUCUACAGCCUGACCAACACUGAAGCUGGGCAGGCCGUCGUCAACAUCAUGGGAGUCGGCGUGGACACGAUAGAUGUGGUUCUGGCUGCACAGCCCAGCAGCACUGGCUCCGAGAGCCCCGGUCAGGUCCUCAUCCAGACAGUCAAACUCUCCUUUUCUGUCACCAACAACGUGAUCCGUCUCAAGCCGCCGUCCGAUGUGGUGUCCCCGCUUGAGCAGGCGCUGACUCAGCACGGUGGUCACGGCAACAACCUCAUAGUUGUCCUGGCCAAAUACAUUUACCACAAGCACGACCCGGCGCUGCCCCGCCUGGCCAUCCAGCUCCUCAAGAGGCUUGCCACGGUCGCUCCCAUGUCGGUGUACGCCUGCCUGGGCAACGACGCCGCCGCCAUCCGGGAUGCCUUUUUAAUCCGACUGCAGAGCAAGACGGAAGACAUGAGGAUCAAAGUCAUGAUCUUAGAGUUUCUCACCGUUGCCGUGGAGACGCAGCCCGGACUGAUCGAGCUCUUCCUUAAUCUGGAAGUCAAAGAUGGAAAUGAAGGGUCGAAGGAGUUUCUCCUGGGUGAAUGGAGCUGCCUACAUGUCGUAUUGGACCUGAUCGACUCCAAGCAGCAAGGAAAGUACUGGUGCCCGCCGCUGCUCCACCGCGCUGCUCUGGCCUUUCUGCUGGCGCUGUGGCAGGACCGCCGGGACAGCGCCAUCUCCGUGCUGCGGGCCAAAGACAGGUUUUGGGAGAACUUGACGACUCCGCUCUUCGCUACACUGACCCCCCCUUCAGACACCACAGAGCCUUGUGUCCUGGAGACUUGUGCUUUCCUCAUGAAAAUUAUCGGCUUGGAGAUCUACUACGUGGUCAGCGGCUCUUUGGAGCAGGCUCUCAGAGACGGGCUUCAGAAGUUCUCCAACGCGCGGCGGUACGAGUACUGGUCCCAGUACGUGAAGUCGGUGGUCUGCCACGUGGCCGAGAUGCAGGAGGACGGCGUGUGCUACUUUGCCGAGGCCCAGAUGCUGAUCUCCGCCUGGCGCAUGCUGCUGAUCCUCUCCACCAGCCACGCAGAGGUCAUGCACCUGACGGAGGACUCCACCAAGCUGAAGCUCUUCAUGGACGUGCUGAACGCCACCAAAGCCGCCCUGACGACGACCUCGUCUGCGUCAUGUCUUCGUCUUGGGUCCAUGAUGGCGACUCUGCUGGUGGUCCUCCUCAAACAGUGGAGAAGCGUGGUGGCCACCGCUCCUGACAUCCUGCCGCCGCUCUCUCUCAUCCUGGAGAGUGUCCUGCAAGCCGACCAGCAGGUGAUGGAGAAGACCAAAGCCAAGAUCCUGUCGGCGCUCAUUUCUGUGCUGCAGAUCCAGGGACUCAACGGUGGGGAGAUUUCCCAGCUGCCACAGCUGCUGCUCUCUGUGUGCGAGACGGUGAAGGAAGAGUCCCUGAUCCUGAUCGACAACACGCGUCACACUCAGCAGGCGGGGGACGCCACUGAGGACGAGGACUGCAUGGAGACAGACUCUCCUCGCGGCCCCCAGAAGGACCAGAGAGACGGGGUGUGUGUUCUGGCGCUGCACCUGGCCAAAGAGCUGUGCCGCACUGACGAAGACGGGGAGCACUGGGUCUCCGUGAUGAGGAAGGUGCCCGUCCUCCCGUCGGUGCUGAGCGCUGUGGAGCUCAGUCUGAGGUCCAAACAGAACCUCUACUUCACUGAGGCGGCGCUGCACCUGCUGCUCACUCUGGCACGGACACCUCAGGGGGCAGCAGCUGUUGCUGGGGCCGGGGUCAUCCAGACCAUCUGUCUCCCUCUGCUGAGUGUCUACGAAGGCUCGCCCAAUGGAAGCUCUCAGAGCUUCUCCAGGAGGUCGCAGGACUCGGCCUGCUGGCCCGGAGUCUACCGCCUCUGCAUGUCCCUGAUGGAGAGUCUGCUGAAGACGCUGCGCUACAACUUCAUCAAUGAAGCUCUGGACUUUGUGGGCGUGCACCAGGAGCGGAUCCUGCAGUGUCUGAAUGCGGUGCGGACGGUCCAGAGUCUGGCGUGUCUGGACGAGGCCGACCACACGGUGGGCUUCCUGCUGCAGCUCUCAAACUUCUGCAAGGAGUGGCACUUCCACCUGCCCAAGCUGCUGCGGGACGUGCAGGUGAACCUGUGUUACCUGUGCCAGACGUGCACGUACCUGCUGCACAGCAAGAAGAUGCUGCACCACUACCUGCAGGCCAAGAACGGGGAGGCGCUGCCCCCCGGGCCCCUCCCCAGACCUCAGCGCACGCCGCAGACGCCAUCUAGGGAGACAGCGGGAGCAGCAGGGGGCGACAGAGAGGAGGUGGAGCAGAAGGCUCUGCUGGCAGUGCAGUGUAGCCUGCUCAAGAUCCUCAGUAAAACUCUGGCCAGCCUGCAGCACUUCACCCCAGACUGCUGCCAAAUCCUGCUGGACCAGUGCAUGGACCUGGCCGAGUACCGGACGCUGUUCGUGCUCAGCUUCACCACGCCGGCCUUCGACCCUGAUGUGGCACCUUCAUUCGGAACUCUGCUGGCCACCAUCAACGUGGCACUGAGCAUGUUGGGAGAGGUGGAGAAGAAGAAGGAGCCAGCGUCUCUGAGCAUCGUUGCUUUGGCCUCUUCAGAUGAAGUCCAAGCUCUCAAGUCGCUGCUGAUGUUCACGAUGGAGAACUGCUUCUACGUGCUGAUCUCACAGGCGGUUCGCUGCCUCAAAGACUCUGCCAUUGUGCCGCGAGACAAGCAGAGACUCAAGCAGGAGCUCAGCUCCGAACUGAGCACACUGCUGUCCUCACUGUCCAGACACUUCCGGAAAGGCUCGCCAUCGUCCCCAGCUAGUGGGGUCCUUCCCAAACCUUCCACGCCGGGUUCAAAAGGCAGCCAUGAAGGUCAGGAGCCAGUCAUCCAGCUGGUCCAGGCUUUCGUCAGACUGGUGCAGAGAUGAACACCUCGUCCUGGUUCCUCAGGCCUAGUUUUAUAGGUCGCCAUGACGACGCAGCCGCCGCCAAAAGACCUUUUGUAAUUCUUUUGAUAUUCGUUUAUACCGAAGCACGUCAAUCUAAUAAAGGGACUGAAGACAG